UAAGCCCAUCAAAUGGUAAACUUUUCUCAUUCAUCUGCUGCUUAAUCUCUAGCAAUCGAACUGAGUGUAAUCCUUCAAUUUCUUUGCUAUGGCUGUUAAGGUUGAUGAUCUCUCCAUCAUUGAUUCCUCCAAAGAGGCUUGGAAUAUUGUCGUGAAGGUCAUACGUUUGUGGGUUAGUCCCAAUUUCGGUGGUAGGAAGCUUCCCUUUUCAAUGGAAUUGGUUCUCAUGGAUGCUAAGGGUACAAAGAUUCAUGCUUCUGUGAAAAAGACUCUGGUGUAUUUGUUCCAGCCUCUUUUAACUGGGGGUCGGGUAUAUAAUAUUUCAUAUUUUGGCGUCGGUGAGAAUGGUGGUGAAUUUAAAACAACUUCCCAUCCAUUCAAAUUGAACUUUCAUAAGCAUACAUCUGUGAGACUGGAAACCAAAAUUGCGAUAUCAAAGAGUCCUUACUCUUGCACUCCUUUAUCUGACAUCAUGUUCCGAGAUCCUGAUUCAUCCUUUUUAGUUGAUGUUAUUGGAAUUUUAACAGGGUCCAGUGGUGAGCAAGAGUUUGAAAAGAACGGAAAAAUUGAAAAGAGAGUUACUAUUGAGCUGUGUCAGGAUGGGGUUAGGAUGGAGUGUUGUUUUUUUGGAAAAUAUGUUCCCCUAAUCUUGGGUCAGUUAGCAUCUGGAGACAUGACUAAUGCAGUUGUUUUGGUCAAUUAUGCAAAGAUUAAGCCAUUCAGAGGGAAUCCAAGUAUUCAGAAUGUCUAUGGUGCUACCCAAAUUUUCAUCAUCAAGCUGUGUGAAGCUUCUGAAUCCCAAGUUGAGGAUUCUCCUACCGCCCAAUCUGAAAAUCCAAGUUCAAUUGUUGUUGCUGCUGUUGGAAACCCAGUUCCUGCUGUUAGUGAAAAGGUUAUGAAGUCUGAUGAUUCUACAAAAUCUGAGGGUCGUAAAUCUGCUGUAGAGCCCGUUGCUGAUGUUCCGUCUGAUGUAUUGGGAAAGGAAAUACAGGAUUCAACUCCCUCUGCUGUUGCUUCAAAGAAUUUUAGUAACAUUGAGAAUGUUUCGCAGACUGUUCCUCAACAAAAUCGCAGUUUACCCCUUGCUGCUGUUGGGAUGGGUGCUAGAAAGGCCAAAAAUAAGAAAUUAGCUGAUGGUGUUGUUGCUGGGACUGUUUGUCAUACUGAUGAUGAUGAUGAUGUAGCUGUGGGCAGCCAGUGUUCCCCUCCUACAAAACGUAGUUCUCCCUCAGAUUCUGAACCCCUUGGAUCAUCUAAUGCUGGAAAAAAGCUUCUUAAAGCUGUGAAGAAGGAGAAGAUCUGA